AUGGAGGCUGUUGCAGUGGCGAUGAUGGAGGCUGCUCCUGAAAUGAACAAAGAUAACAGCUGGGAAAUCAACGCUGAAAAUCCAGUUGUUGCAGUGGCGAUGAUGGAGGUUGCUCCUGAAAUGAACAAAGAUAACAGCUGGGAAAUCAACGCUGAAAAUCCAGUUGUUGCAGUGGCGAUGAUGGAAGCUGCUCCUGAAAUGAACAAAGAUAACAGCUGGGAAAUCAACGCUGAAAAUCCAGUUGUUGCAGUGGCGAUGACGGAGGCUGCUCCUGAAAUGACAUUGACCAAGAAGAAGAAAAAGAACAACAGGAUCCAAGUUUCCAACAGCAAGAAACCCUUCGUCUUCUAUCUCAAUCUUGCCAAGAAGUACAUCAAGCAGUACAAUAAUGUUGAGCUCUCUGCACUUGGCAUGGCUAUUCCAACUGUUGUUACAAUUUCCGAGAUUCUGAAAAGAGAUGGACUCGCCAUAGAGACAAAAAUUAUGACAUCUACGAUCCUGACACCAAUGGAGAAAUCAAAGAACGAAGAAAAUGGGCGCGUCAUUGAGAAAGCAAAGAUUGAGAUUUUUCUGGUGAAGAGUGAGAAAGUUGGCAAUGGUAUUGUUGCUGCUGCAUUCAAGAACGUAGACACUGACAAUGAAUGAUCUGUUACCA